AGUCCCUGGAGAAGUGGGAACGCCUGACUGUCGCUGAUGCCCUGGAGCCCGUGCAGUUUGAAGACGGAGAGAAAAUCGUUGUGCAGGGGGAGCCUGGGGAUGACUUCUACAUCAUCACAGAGGGCACUGCUUCAGUCCUCCAGCGACGAUCCCCCAACGAGGAGUAUGUGGAAGUGGGGCGCCUCGGGCCCUCUGACUACUUUGGGGAGAUUGCCCUGCUGCUGAACCGGCCCCGUGCAGCCACUGUGGUGGCCCGGGGUCCCCUCAAGUGUGUGAAGUUAGACCGGCCUCGUUUUGAGCGUGUCCUGGGCCCCUGCUCGGAGAUCCUGAAGAGAAACAUCCAGCGUUACAACAGCUUCAUCUCCCUCACUGUCUGAGCUUCUGCUGCACCUGCACCCUGGGGGACCUCCCCGUGUGGCCCUGUGACCCAUUCCUUAUGCCAGGGGCCUGGGAGCUGCUGGUUCGUGGCCGAGUGGGGCUGGUGCCUGGCACAGAGCCUCUCCUUUCUCUGGACUCACUUUUGGAAUAAAUAACCAUCUUGUGCUUUUUAAAAACAAAGGGCAAGCGGCAACUGCAUCCCCAGACCAGGAAAGUGACAGCUGGCUCCCCGACAGUGGCCCUGUAGCCUUAUUUUGGAUCCACCCUAUCCCCUCUCCAAGUCUUCUUGGAGAUCCCUGUACUAGAACUGGCCCUGUGUCCUGCCUGGUCUCUAGAGUGAGACUGCAGCCACCCCUGUAGCUUCCCCCCGAAGCUGGGAGUUAAUCAGAGCACUGUCCCUGGUCCUCGUAAGAUUCUCUGGUCUAGGCCCAGGUAUAAAACAGAGAAUGACAAAUUGAGAUGUCCUCAAAUGAGCACUCGAGCUGAGAGCAGAAACAGAGGCUGAAAGACAUUCUCAGUCCCUGCCCACUGUCCCCAACUCUCAGAAGGACCCCUGAGGGACCCAAACUGAUCCUACUCGCCUAUCCAGGGCCUAAGCUAUGGCCCUAGAAAGUCAGGCGGUGGUGGCUAA